AAGUCUAGUGCUUUAGAACGGCGUUCUUUUAAUUUUGAACUGGCAGGAGUAACAGAUGUUGUCGUUUGUCAAUGCCUACAGCUGCUGUGGAUUUGUUACCCUGUCUCUGGACGGUUGAAGGGAGUAGAUUGUACAAGUUCAGCCUGAUGUCUUCCAUGUGCCCACCGUGGUGUAACCCACACCUGGGCUGCGUCUCAUACAUUUUGGAGUAUGCAGUCAAGAAAAUAAAAAAUAGCAGAUCCUGCAUUAGCUGAAAUGGGAAAACACUUGAAGGAGGCCAUGAAGAUGCUGGAGGACAGUCAGAGAAGAACAGAGGAGGAAAAUGGAAAAAAACUAUCAGGGGAUAUUCCAGGGCCACUCCAAGGGAGUGGACAAGAUAUGGUGAGCAUCCUCCAGUUAGUUCAGAAUCUGAUGCACGGAGAUGAAGAUGAGGAGCCCCAGAGUGCCCGAAUCCAGAAUAUUGGAGAACAAGGUCAUAUAGCUCUUUUGGGGCAUAGUCUAGGAGCUUAUAUUUCAACUCUGGACAAAGAGAGGCUGAGAAAACUUACAACUAGGAUACUUUCGGACACUACCUUAUGGCUGUGCAGAAUUUUCAGGUAUGAAAACGGCUGUGCUUAUUUCCAUGAAGAUGAAAGAGAAGGACUUGCAAAGAUCUGUAGACUUGCCAUUCAUUCUCGUUAUGAAGACUUUGUGGUGGAUGGGUUCAAUGUGUUAUAUAACAAGAAACCUGUCAUAUAUCUUAGUGCUGCUGCUAGGCCUGGCCUGGGCCAGUAUCUUUGUAAUCAGCUUGGCUUACCCUUCCCCUGCUUAUCUCGUGUGCCCUGUAACACUAUGUUUGGAUCCCAGCAUCAGAUGGAUGUUGCCCUCCUGGAAAAACUGAUUAAAGAUGAUAUUGAACGAGGAAAACUGCCCCUGUUGCUUGUGGCAAAUGCUGGAACUGCAGCGGUAGGACACACAGAUAAGAUUGGGCGUUUGAAAGAACUCUGUGAGCAGUAUGGCAUAUGGCUUCAUGUGGAGGGUGUGAAUCUGGCAACAUUGGCUCUAGGUUAUGUCUCCUCAUCAGUGCUGGCUGCAACCAAAUGUGAUAGCAUGACAUUGACUCCAGGCCCGUGGCUGGGUCUGCCAGCGGUUCCUGCAGUCACUCUUUAUAAACAUGAUGAUCCUGCCUUGACUUUAGUUGCCGGUCUCACAUCAAAUAAACCAGCGGACAAACUCCGUGCCCUGCCACUGUGGUUGUCUUUACAGUACUUGGGACUUGAUGGGAUUGCGGAGAGGAUUAAGCAUGCCUGCCAACUGAGUCAACGGUUGCAAGAAAGUUUGAAGAAAGUGAACCACAUCAAAAUUUUGGUGGAAGAUGAGCUCAGUUCUCCAGUAGUAGUGUUUAGAUUUUUCCAGGAAUUACCAGGCUCAGAUCCAGUGCUUAAAACUGUCCCAGCACCCAACAUGGCACCUUCAACAGUCGGCCGGGAGGGACACUCCUGUGAUGCACUGAAUCGCUGGCUGGGAGAACAGCUGAAACAGCUGGUACCUAUGAGUGGCCUCACCGUCAUGGAUCUGGAAGCAGAGGGAGUGUGUGUGAGGUUCAGCCCUUUGAUGACAGCGGCAGUUUUAGGAACUCGGGGAGAGGACGUGGAUCAGCUCGUAGCCUGCAUAGAAAGCAGGCUGCCGGUCCUGACCUGUACACUACAGCUGCGAGAGGAGUUCAAGCAAGAAGUGACAAGAACAGCAGGCCUCUUACACGUUGAUGACCCUAACUGGCCUGGAAUAGGGGUUGUCAGGUAUGAACAUGCUAAUGAUGAUAAGAACAGUUUGAAAUUAGAUCCAGAAGGGGAAAAAAUCCAUACUGGACUCCUGAAAAAGUUAAACGAACUAGAAUCUGACCUUACAUUUAAAAUGGGCCCUGAGUAUAAAAGCAUGAAGAGCUGUAUUUACAUUGGCAUGGCGAGUGAUGACAUAGAUAUUCCCGAACUAGUGGAGACCAUUGCAGUCACAGCGCGAGAAAUUGAGGAAAACUCAAGGCUUCUGGAAAACAUGACAGAAGUGGUUCGGAAAGGAAUUCAGGAAGCUCAGGUUCAACUGCAGAAGGCCAAUGAGGAGCGCCUUCUGGAAGAGGGAGUGUUACGGCAGAUCCCUGUAGUAGGAUCCGUGCUGAAUUGGUUUUCUCCAGUCCAGCCUUCACAGAAGGGAAGAACUUUUAACUUAACAGCAGGCUCUCUGGAGUCCACAGAACACACGUAUGUCUACAAAGUACAAGAUACAGGAGUAACACCGCCUCAGACCCCCUCAGGCACUCGAACUAAACUCAGAUUUCCAGGCCAGAAGCCUUUUAAAAAGUCCCUAAGAGGCUCAGAUGCUCUAAGCGAGACAAGCUCAGUCAGUCACAUUGAAGACUUAGAAAAAAUGGAGCACCUGUCCAGUGGGCAGGAACAAGAGGCCCUGGAGGCUAACAGCCCUGAGCAACACCCUGGGGCUCCCGCCCCUCAGGAAGCCGAGCAGACCGGAACCUUCCAGAACAGAGCCCAGGGCCCAGAAGAUGACCGCCCACAGGUAGAAGAACCGGAAAACUUAAGAUAAAAUUCAGUGUUUGGUUUGAGACUGUACUGAACUGAAUAUUGUGUCAUGGAAGAUAGUUAUACUGAAAAUGUGAACUGUGCCACAUGCUAAUACAAGAGAAAUUACUGUUAUUUGUGCUUUAACUGGCUUUUUGCACACGUAUGUGCAAAAAAAUCAGGGUAACUGAUUUGUCUAAUGUAAUGGGUACAGAGAACAACUGUUGUUUCUGUCUAUCCAACUGUAGUAAUAACUUACCCCCAAGUUACUGUAAACACUUUUUAUUCACAAAGAACACUCAGAAUGUCAAGUGUCUGCCACUUGCAACACGUGCUCUUAUCUUGUAAACAUAAAUUAUUAGUUACACAUAACUUUCUGGUAAGACAGCUUUCUUUAGAACUCUCCGGGUCCUCUGCUGUACCGCUGCAGAGAGACAGACAACCUUCCUUGCCAUCUACUUUAGUUGGUGUUUGGUUUGAUCAGGUUGCAGUAAACAGCUGGACCGUGUUGGCGUGAAAGAGAGUGGGUUUCAGUGGAAGUGUAAAUGAGCGUCAGAGCCCUCUCUGGCCGGCCCCAGCUGCUGCUUUCCCUGAAGACAUAAGUAAGGACUGUGUCCGCUCAAGCUGUGGCAGGCUAUCAAGCAAGUUAGACUGGGCAGUGCUUCUGUCUGUGACUUUCCUCUGCCACAAAUCCAUUUCCCCCUUUAUAUACUAUUUCUAAACUAACUAAAUGACUCCUCUAUUAAGAGAAACUGUAAAGACUCUUCUUGACCAUAUAUAUGUAUAUUUUUAAAUAUUGGUAAAGCUUUUAAAUUGGCACAAGAGAACAGACUGUGCUCAUUUCUAUGUUUAAUAUCUGAAAACCUAAUAGAUGCUACUCCUAAAAGCCUAAUAUUUAACAUGCUGUGUAGCACCCAGUUAAAUUUAAAUUCUAAAAUAAGUAUACUUUUGACCUGCUUCACAUGGGAGCUUCCAUAGCUUUGUCCCACUAGCAGCUCACCCCUUCAGGCCCAACACACAAAUAAGAAAGAGAGAAGUAAGCUUUCUCAGGCUGAUCAAGCCAGACUACUGCUGACAUAACUGGUUAGCCCUUCCAUGACUGCCCAUGUCUACUUUUCCAGAGGACGGCACCCCUUCACUCACCAUAGGCAAUGGCCCGUGCCUUCCAGUCCAGCAGUCAGGCUUGAGAGACCUUGAGACGGUGGGAAUUUACACUGGGUUUGUGGACUGUAGUAUUGGAAGCCUUAGUUACACCACAGUAAGCCUAUAAUUACACUCUGAUUUGAUAUGAUUUCUGACAUCUGGCAUUUGUCAAAAUGCAAUUUUCCUUUAUCUUUUUUUGUGUGUGUGUGCAGAUGAUUAAACAAAGUCUUCCCUGUUUAUUUGGUGCAAUGAAGUAUAGCAGAUAAAAUGGGGGAAGGGGAAAUUAUCACCUUUAACAAGAUUAAUUUUUAAAUGUUUUUAUAUAUAUUUGGAAUUGUUAAAUUGGUUUUGCUGAAACAGAAUUUCACCCUUGAGAUACUAUUUGAAUGUUGGUUUCAAUAAAGGUUCUUGAAAUUGUU